UUUCAAGAACGCAAUAAUGCAUGCAUAAUUGAUUUAGAGGAAGAUAAUGCACGGUGGGAAAGUAGCAAGGUAGAAAAAAAAAACGAGUUAUAAAUGAAACUAAACAGUCAGAAACCAUUGUAUUCCUUUAAACAGCUUCUGCAAACACCCCGGUUAGUAAUCACAGGUAAUUGUAAACAAUGUUUCCUGUAUUUGUUGUAACUAACAUUACUUAGACCAAUAUAACUGUGAUUUCAGGAAAUAAAGAGAAUGAGAAGUCUAUCAGUAAUCGUGGUGGCUGUGGUACUAUUCGUAGGACUUUGUCAGGCAGCGACCCGUGGUGUAAAAAAUCUAGCAUUGGAAGAAGCAGGGCCUCGUUUCGCCAAUCCGCAACUACGAGUAUUAGGAUCAGAUGAAAGAAAUAAGCGUGAAGCCAACGAACAAGUUCUCGGUUUCGGCGAUCUACAAUCAUCAGAAUCAUUUGCAGGGUCUGGGUUGAGCCCGGUUGUGGAGUGAUUAGGCCAAGUGAGAUUAAUAUUGUGUUAGAAAGGUCUAGCACACUCUCGGAAAACACUAAAACGAAGAUGAAAACACAGUUGAUGGACGAGAAAGCACAUUUAAGCAUAUUUAAACAUUACACAAAUAUAUUAGUAUUCACUAAUAUAUAUAUUAAAAACCUAUGAAAUUGUUUAUAUUUUUCUGCACAAAUAUACUUC